AUGGCGCUCUCGACCACAGUCUCGCAGAAGAAGCUGAUAAAGCGGAAGGCUCCCCGCGGUUUUCUAAAGCGCCUCUUCAAGCAACGGAAGCCUCAUCUCCGUCUGGAGACAAAUAGCGACCUACUGGUGCAUCUGAACUGUUUACUCUUUGUUCAUCGAUUAGCAGAAGAGGCUCGGACAAAUGCUUGUGAGAAUAAGUGUGGAGUCAUUAAAAAGGAGCAUGUACUGGCUGCAGCAAAGGUAAUUCUAAAGAAGAGCAGAGGUUAG